CCGAUACAAAAAAGAACCGUGUGACAAGACGGAUCAUAUUUCCGGUCAGCGUGCUGAGUGCCGCUGCUCUGAUCGUUUUUAUUUUUAUAAAUCGUUUAUCAUUAGACCGUAUUUAUUACAUAAGUCAGAUUAUGCAGGAAUGACACUGUAAAUUUCUUUCUCGUAUAGGAUAUAACAGUAUCAUCAUAUAAUAAAAAAUGUGGAAAGCUUACACAAGAUUUGUAGAAAACAUCACCAAGAGGGAUUUUCAGGCAGUUAGUCUUGUUCUCAGUGCAAAGCAGACAGUGAAUUUCACAGCAACUGGAUGGAAAAGUCCACAGCUUUCCAGGCAAAUGCACUGUCUGUUUCAAAAACAAUUCAGGAACAAAAGUUAUGCUUUCCCAGCAGUUUUUUAUAGUUCCCAACAAGGGCUAUCAAAGUGUGGGGAAAAAAGGCAUAAUGUCUUUAUUCCGGAUUGCUUUUCAUUCCAAGAAAGGUCGCUGUUUACCACACAUAUAAGGGAAAACUCCCCACAAUCUACUGCUAACCAAGUUAAUCCAACUGGAUUAAGAAAAAAGAGGAAGAGAAAGGUGCAAGAUUUUUCUAUUCAAGCCUUUGCAUUAGCGGAAGAAUUUAAAAGUCUGGAGAGUGUCACAACAGCACUUGAGAAGACUGGACUUUAUAAGGUUUCACAGUUGCCCACUGAUGCCGCAGCUGUACAUUCGACAUUUAUUUAUCAAACUGUAGUUCCUCAAAUUCCCAGAGAAUUUUUUGUAUUUGAGCAAGUAUAUUUUACACUUUAAAUAUACAGAUGUUGGAUUCUUAUCUAUCUUAUAUUCUUCAUUAAUUUAUAAACAUAUUGCAGAGAAGCCUCUGUACUCAGUACAGUAUAUAUAUAUGGCUCUACAUUAACUUAGGAAAAUUUUACUGUAAAACUCACUAGGAUCAAUAAUGAAAAAUUUAGAACUUCAACAGUAAAUCAUAAUGUUGGUCUCUGCUAAACAAAGUGAAACGAGGUAAUAUUGUAAAGUUUAGAAGUAGAACGUUGUUUGUAUUUGUUUUGCUAUCACGUUUGUGAACCAUUUUGCAUUUUUUUUUAUUCCUCUAGGAAAGGCGCAGUUGUGUUUUGGAAUGUUGAAGAUCCUUCUCAAAAACGUAUUAUUGAGACUUUAGAAUCUCUAACUGUCCAAAAGUAUAGUGAUUAUGAUAUGGAAGGUGAAUUCAUGGGAUUUUACAUUGAAGAAAGUGCUACAGAGGUUUCUUUGCGGUCAGGAAACAUUCGCAUCCCACCUCAAAAUAAAGAAAAUAAAGAACAGCUUCUUUUGGAGAAGUUUGCCAUUUCACAUGGUUUGAUGCUGGCUGUUCAGUUAGAUUACUGUGAAACACAACUACAGAAAUUUAUUGAAAAAUUGGCAUACAUUCCAGAGGAUAUGAAAACCAAAGGGAAGAUGACAACUGAGCCGAGACAAGCAGUCCGGUAUAUUGGAGAACUAUAUGACUUGAGACAUAGAGUCUUAUUGGAGUCAGAAUACAUGGAGACUCCAGAGUUUUUCUGGAAUAGAGAAGAACUGGAAGGUUUGUUUGAUAAUGUCAGGAGGCAUUUGGAACUCAAGAACAGGGUGGAUGUGAUGAAAAGUAAACUUUCUUUGUGCAUUGAUCUUAUGGACAAUAUCCAGGAAGCACUGACUCACCAACAUGGAGCCCGCUUGGAGUGGAUUAUCAUAAUUUUGAUUGCUUCGGAGAUUUUGAUAGAACUUCUAAGGUGGAAAGGAGCAACGGUCUGGGCCUGGCUUUGGGGAGAAGAGGCAGCAGAAAAAUCUGACAAACUAGAACAACUAAACCAGGAAGACUCAGACCCCAUUUCCAGAGAUUAGAUCGAUCUACUUUAGAUAGACCUAACUCCCUGGGGGUUCACGCUAAAUAGCUG